ACCUCUUUAAAUGGCAUGGUCUUGGAAAUUCAGAUCUCACUUUCCCUUCUCUUUGGAGUUUCUGUAUCAAUGGAAGAACGCAAGCUUUUCUCUCUUUCUGAGGUCUCCCUCCACACCUCUAAGAAUGACUGUUGGUUGAUCAUAGGAGGCAAGGUUUACAACGUGACGGAGUUUUUGGAAGAACAUCCUGGAGGGGAUGAUGUUCUGAUACAAGCAUCAGCCAACGGAGAUGCUACCGAGGCUUUUGAAGAAGUGGGCCAUAGUUCGACGGCCACCGCGAUGAUGAGCGGCUACUUAAUUGGUGUUUUGGAGGGCUCUGAUUACCGUGAUGAUGUUGGUGGGCCCCACCAGGAACAACCAGAAGGGGGCUUUGUUACAGCGAAGACAGUACAAGAAAAGAGGCCUCCUUCAGCAUCUGCAGGCUUGCUGGAUUUCCUCGUACCUCUUCUCAUUGUUGCUAUAGCUCUCGGAGCUUGGUACUUCUACAACCGUAGCCAGAUUUAGGUCCUUUUUGAGAAAAAUGAUCACAUCCAUCCAUUUCCUUCCUGCCAACGUGUCACAAAUGCAGAAUAUCCCGUCCAUGCAAAAUGUGGGCCACUCUCAUGAUUAUAACUGGUAUAAAGAUCAGGCCGAUCCACCAAUAGAGCGGGACACAGUCAAAAUCAAUGGACAGCCGCUGGUUUGGCCCAGAGUAAUGGUGUGGACUGGCCUGAUUUUUCAAACCAGGUGCUUGUAGUGGUGUGACCCACCUUUUGCACGGAUUUGGCAUUCUACACGUUUGGCACGUUGGCAGGAAAGAACUGGUAUGCUGAAAUUCACAUACAGCCGCUUGUAUGUGAUCAUUUUUUUUUUGGAGUAGUAUCGCCAGUUUUUGGAGAGAGAGAGAGAGAGAGAGAGAGAGAGACGUAUAAAGGAUCUCAUCUCUGUAUUAAAAUUUGAAUUGAUAAAUAUAUAUUUGGAUUUCUAGACAGGAAUCCGUGCUAUGCGUGUGGAGGUUCCAAUCGUUCAUUAAGUGGGCUCCAUCUUGCAUGUAUGGUAAUCUUAUAAUCAGCCGUGCUUGCCGGAUUAAGAACUCUUUACUUAAAGCAUAUUGGAUGCGCAAUACAUGCAAAGGCGUGCAAUCAUCAAGUGAUCUACAAUGUGAAUUUAGACAUUUUUCU